GGGUCGUUUCUACCCUCACAAAUCUCCCUCUCUCUCUCUCCACGACAACAUCAGUAGUCAGCACGCCCACUCUGCUUCUACCUCGUGUCGUUUCGUACGGACUUCCCCUCCCUUCUACUUUAAGCAAAUUACUCCUCUCUCUAAUCAGUGAUCACUGAAUCGAGAGAGAGAGAGAGAGAGAGAGAGAGAGAUGGGGGAGAGCUCAGUGGGCGCACUGGUGCCGUCCGUGAAAGCGGAGCCCGCCCCGUCCUCGGCCGCGGAGCCUCCGCUGCUGUUAUCUCCGUCGGCGGCGGCGGCGGAGGAGGAGGCUGAAGUAGAAGUAGAAGUAGAAGCGGAAGCGGCAGAGCUGCGAGAGAGUGGAGCGGCUGACUCGGACAGCGACUUUCUGUGUCCGAUAUGCAUGCAGUUCAUCAAAGACGCGUUUCUAACGGCCUGCGGCCACAGCUUCUGUUACAUGUGCAUCUUCACUCAUCUUCGCAACAAGAGCGAUUGUCCCUCCUGCGGUCAUUUCCUCACCAGCAACCAGAUCUUCCCUAAUUUUCUCCUCAAUAAGUUAGUGAAGAAGACUUCUGCUCAGCAGAUAGCAAAAGCAUCAACUCCAUUUGAGCGACUUCGUCAAGCAUUACAGCAGGGUUGUGAAGUUUUGGUUAAGGAGCUAGAUGGCUUGUUGUCUCUCCUUACAGAUAAGAAGAAAAAAAUGGAGCAAGAAGAAGCUGAGGCAAAUUUGCAAAUUUUGCAUGAAUUCUUGCGUGGUUUAAGGAAGCAAAAGCUUGAAGAGCUCCACGAGAUACAAACUGAUCUCCAAUACAUUAAGGAGGAUAUAAAUGCUGUAGAGAGGCAUAGAAUAGAUUUGUAUCGAGCGAGGGAGAGAUACUCUGUGAAAUUGAGGAUGCUUGUUGAUGAACCUGCUGCAGCAAAAACAUGGCCCUUGCCAAUCGACAAGUGUACCAGUGGCAUUAUUUCUAAUGCACACAGCAUACAAGGCUGGACGGUUUCAAGCAAUUUGCAGAACAAGAAGCCUGAUGUAAAGGCUCAAGCAAAUUCUCAGGGACUCCAGAAAAAGGAUGCUUACUUUGGUUCAGAUUCACUUGUUACUCAGUCAGGACAGGCUGUUGCAAGAAAAAGACAGGUUCAUGCUCAGUUCAAUGAUCUACAAGAGUGUUAUUUGCAAAAACGGCGGCAUUGUAGCAGACAAUCUCAUAAACAGGAAGAAAAGGAUUCCACACCUGUUAGGAGAGAAGGAUAUCAUGCAGGUCUUGAGGAAUUCCAAUCUGUGCUAACAACUUUCACACGAUAUAGUCGGCUGAGGGUCAUUGCAGAACUUAGGCAUGGGGAUCUUUUUCAUUCUGUCAAUAUUGUUUCAAGUAUAGAAUUUGAUCGUGAUGAUGAGUUGUUUGCAACAGCUGGAGUUUCACGACGAAUCAAGGUUUUUGAGUUUUCCACGGUGGUCAAUGAACCUGCUGAUCUGCAUUGUCCCAUUAUCGAAAUGUCCACGCGAUCCAAGCUGAGUUGCUUGAGUUGGAAUAAGCACACAAAAAACUAUAUUGCUAGUAGUGAUUAUGAGGGGAUCGUAACUGUUUGGGAUGUAACUACUCGUCAGAGUGUGAUGGAAUACGAGGAGCAUGAAAAACGAGCAUGGAGUGUUGAUUUUUCACGCACAGAACCUUCAAUGCUGGUAUCAGGCAGUGAUGAUUGCAAGGUCAAAGUUUGGUGCACAAAGCAGGAAGCAAGUGUUCUCAAUAUUGACAUGAAAGCUAAUAUUUGUUCUGUUAAAUAUAAUCCGGGAUCUAGCAUUUAUGUGGCGGUGGGUUCUGCGGAUCAUCAUAUCCAUUAUUAUGAUCUCAGAAAUAUCAGCCAACCACUGCACGUGUUCAGUGGGCAUAGAAAAACUGUUUCAUAUGUAAAAUUCUUAUCUAGCAGUGAGCUUGCUUCUGCUUCCACUGACAGCACAUUGCGCUUAUGGGAUGUAAAGGAAAAUUUGCCAUUGCGCACAUUUAGAGGCCACACAAAUGAGAAGAAUUUUGUGGGUCUCUCAGUUAACAGUGAGUACAUUGCUUGUGGCAGUGAAACCAAUGAAGUUUUUGUUUAUCACAAGGCAAUCUCGAAACCUGCAGCAUGGCAUAGGUUUGGAUCAUCAGAUGUGGAUGAUACAAAUGAUGAUUUAGGAUCAUACUUCAUCAGUGCUGUGUGUUGGAAGAGUGAUAGCCCGACAAUGUUAACUGCCAACAGUCAAGGAACAAUCAAAGUGCUUGCACAAGCAGCUUGAAAGCAAAAAUAAAAGAUAUAAGUUAGAUGUGGAAAAUCCAUUGCCUGAAGCCUCGAGAUGUUGUUGGUGGUGAGAAUUCGUGUGUAUAUUUACCCAUUUCCUCAGCUUGUAGGUGCAUUUAUAAAAAAUAGCAAGGCAGGUGCAAAAAAAAAUAAUUAAGAACAGCACUUAAGGAGGGCUGUGUAAAUGUUUCCUUUAAUGUAAGCUAUUGUAAUUGAGCGUCUUAUUUUGAGAAGAUUUGAUUCUUGGCUGAAAGUAUCAAGUCCAUUCUAGGCGUGAAAUUGAAAUACCAUACCAUCUCUUGUAUUCCCAUUUUUUAAGCAAGCAAUUACAAAGAUGGAGAUUUGUGA